AUGGGAGGUGUGGGGAAAACCACAAUGACGGAACACUUGAAAAAAGCUACAGAAGAUAAGAAAAUGUUUGAUUGGAUUGUGAAGGCGGUUAUUGGACAAAAGAUUAACAUGUUAUCUAUUCAGCAAGCUGUAGCAGAAUACAUGGGUCAACCUCUAAUAGAAAUGAGUAUAACAGCAAGGGCUGAUCGUCUUCGUAUAAGUCUACCAAAGUUGACUGCUCUUUGCAACACUGCUAGUGUAAUUGAGCUACCACAGCUAGUGGAGCUGAUACUUGAUGGCCUUCCUGACUUCACUAGCAUUUAUCCUGAGAAAACAUCUGCAACAUCUUCUAUGUCCAAUAAUAUCUCUGCAAUUCAACUUAUCUUUAACAGAGAUGCUGAUUCCUAAUGUGGAGAUAUUGUUAAUUGGGAAAAUGAAUAAGCUGAAAGAGAUAUGGCCUUAUCAACUUAGUAGUAGUGACGAAGUUGAUACUUGCAUUUUUAGAAAGAUUGAA